UCUAACCGCAGGCAGUUUUUACUCAGAUUAUUCAUCCUUUCCAACGUUUUUUUUUUUCUUUUUUUUUUUUUUUUUGGUGUCGACAAAAUGUACCGGUCCACUAAAGGAGCAUCAAAGGCUCGGAGGGAUCAAAUCAACGCAGAAAUUCGCAACUUGAAAGAUCUUCUGCCCAUCUCAGAUGCCGACAAAGCUCGUCUUUCCUACCUUCACAUCAUGUCCCUAGCCAGCAUUUACAUAAGAAAGUCCGUCUUUUUCUCUCAAGUGGCAGCAGGUCAUGACGUGAGCGGAAGCGUCCUGUCUUUGCCAGAACUGUCGGAUCUGCUGCACACACUACCAGGGUUUCUCCUAGUGCUGACGAGUGAAGGAAAACUCCUGUAUCUAUCGGACAAUGUCGCAGAGCACCUUGGCCAUUCCAUGGUGGAUCUGGUGGCUCAGAGUGACAGCGUGUAUGAUAUAAUAGACCCAGCCGACCACUUCAUCAUGAGAGGCAACCUUGUGCCAAUCACCACACCUGACACAGACCGUCUCUUUCGCUGCCGCUUCAGCACUUCAAAGUUUGUAAGGAGACAGGGAUCAGGCAACAAACUGACAUUGGUUCGGGCAUGCUGUCUGACACCUCCAUACCACACAUCUUCCUACUGGACCUCCAAUCCAGUGUGGGUGUGUUUUUGCUCCCCGCUGGAGUCCAGUGUCCCUCAUGUUUCGUCAGCUAGGAAUCCUCUCCCCACCCCUCCUGCGGAGCAGUCUUUCCUCCUUUCCUGUUUCCAGUCUCAACACAGCCGGGACAUGAGAAUCCAUGCUGCUCAGGACAGUGUAAGCCUGUACCUCGGCUAUGACAUAGAGACUCUGCGUUCUCGCUCAUGGUACAGUCUGAUUCAUCCUCGUGAUCUCUCUCAUGCUUCUGCACAACACUGCACCCUGUUGCAUGAAGGUGGAGGGAGGCAGGUGGAGAUGGUGGUCCAGGUAGAGGCAGCAGAUCAUUCAUGGGUCUGGCUUUACAUUGUUCUUCAGCUGGAGACUGGAGAAUAUCCCAUCAACAGCCACAACUAUGUUAUAAGUGAGUCUGAAGCCUGGUCGGUGCGUCAGCAGUUGUAUUCAGAGCAGAACCAGCUGGCUCUCCUGUACCAGGAGACACGCCAGAGCUCUGACCCCCUGUCCAGCCCGGACCAGGUCUUCACACCCAGCAGCGGUGGCCUGUCCUCCCAGUCCUUUGAUUUCAGCUUCACCACUUCUGGCCGGAGCUCCUCUGAGGAGCUCCCUAGCACCUCUGCAACCAGCAUGGCACUCGACCCUCUUCAGGGCUUUUCUCAUGAUGAAGAGAGCCAUCCACAACUUCAUGGUGGUCACCAGAUGUGGAGAUCAGCCAUGACUGUUUCCCCUGAACAUCUAAGCAACAUCCCAAGUCUUUCUGCAGUUCCCCAAACUCAUGUCGCCCCACCGCCCCUUCCUCCAUUCAAACCUCCUCCGAAGCGCCAAAGCUCAGAGGAGUUCAUUUGCACACCUCCUUACACCCCAAGACUCGGAGGGGGGAGUUUCAUGUUUGGUGAUGAGACUUUUAAAUCAGAUCAUAGCAAUGUAGUCAAAAUGAGGCAGUCUAUAACCUCAGUGCCCCUUCCCACUCAACACUGCCGCAAACGCCUAUACGAAACACUACCGCCCACUCCAGACAGCCCAGGCAGUGAUGAAUGCAUUCUCAUGGUGCUUCCGGAGAUCAGAGGACCUCUGUAUGUCGACGUCCCCCAUUUCCCAUUCCACAAUCACCCAGAAGGCCUUUUAACCCCCGAGGCCUCACCGACUAAAAAACCCUAUUUAAGUUUCUUCCCUCGGGAAGAUGAUUCAGAAAGAGAACGAAUGGAGAUCUCGCUCCUGGCUCAGUACAUUAGCACUUUAGCCGAAGGUUUCUGUCACAGCCACCCACAAAACACAUCGGCUCCCCCUCAUCACGCAUCGUUUGAGGGCCCAAACUCCUCGCUGGCUCACAUUGAUGUCUUUAUGUUUGAGGAGAAAGCAGUAGAUGGCAUCCCUCUUCCAAAUCUGCCAUCCACCUCCCCCGUACCUCCCUCGUCUUACUCAUCAGAGCCGUCCUACACUCAGUGCUCUCCGAGCCGCAGCUCCCCUGUCCACGCGGAGGAGGAGGCGGCGACUCUGAAUGUUGUAAACCACCUCUGUAGCGUCCAGUCGACGCACUGUAAACGCAUGGCCAGGGGUGGGCCGCAGGAAGCCGAGAGACCUGACGAGGAUGUGGAGACGAUGUCCGCCCCAGGGUCCCCUGCACUUCCUGCCCUCACUCCUGCUCUGCCUUGUGCUCAGUCCCUCCUAGAGGAGCUGGUCACCAUGGAACCUGUGUUUGGGGCAGAUGCCCCGAUGACUCCUGCCGAGAGGCAGCAAGAUGAGUUGUAUCAACUCCCUCAUCAAAGCGGGCAACAGAUCUUCUACCAAGAUGGAACCAGUGAUCACAUGUUUUAACAUAAGUCUGUGACUUAAUCAAUGAAGUAUGGCAUAUUGUCAUCUUUUACAAAGCUAUUUUUCUGGGAUAAUGUGGUAGAU